AUGUCGGAAGACAACAUUAUAAACGUUUAUAAUCUUCCACAAUCGCCUAUGGGACUGCUCAUGUCGCGCCCCGACAACGCCUCAGUUACCCUCAAGCGAGGCCCAUCGCCCUCCUUCGAAGGGCUGGGUGACGAAGUUGUCAGCAGCAGGAAGAGGUUCAAGGAAGAUGUGGAUAUUGAUGCAGAUGAUACCCUGUCUGGCGAUAAAUCUUUUUCGCCAUACGAAACUCUUGCGGACGAUCUUGCACAAGAGCUGCAAUGCGGAUGUUGUUCAGAGCUUUGUUAUCGGCCAGUUGUUGUAUCACCUUGUCAACAUUUCUUCUGUGGCAGUUGUUGUAUGCUUUGGAUCCGGAAUGGCGGGACGAACUGUCCUGCGUGUCGUGGUAUCUCAACAUCUGUAAUACCAUCGCGGCCCUUACAAUCCAUUAUCGAUGUGCUUUUGCGUGCAGAUCCUUCCAAGGCGCGAACAGAAAGAGAACGGAUGCAGGCGGAUGAGAUUUAUAAAGGCGGGACGCCGAUGAGGAUUCCGACCCCAAGAGAAGUGUCACCUGAACCGAAUUUCAAUCAGAAUGGGGAAUACGCUCGUCCUUGCCCUCACUGUCUUCCCGGUAAUCCUUUUGGGUGGAGAUGCCCUCAGCCCAUCGUAGAUCCCAAUACUGACCCCGAUCAUGCAUGGCAUCUGGAUGACGGUACACCUCCUGGCCACGUAUAUUGCGGAAACUGCGAGAACCUUCUUGCUUCAAGCGCUCCGAACACGUCGAAAUGCGACUUCUGUCAAGUAUCAUUCUGUGGCAUUGGUGUACAAGGGCGAUGCCUAGCGGCUCCAUUGAUAUCUCAACAUCCUCAUAAUCUGACCGACAUCAGUGACCUCAUCCAGUCCGCUGAGGUUUACGAAUGCUUUGUUAGCAAUAAUGUCGAAGUUGAAAUUAUGCUCGAUUAUCUUACGGCUCAGCGUCUGACUCCGAGGCACAUUUACCGCGAGAUUGUUGCACAUUUCCAGUCUCAACCUGAUGGGUUCAAGCCUCUCUUCGAGCUCGAUUUGUUUGUUGACGUCCACAGCGUGGCUGCAGGUGUCGACCCUAAUCCAGACGCCCCUCGAAGCAAAAUUUGUAGGUUGUGUGCUGCGGAAAUUCUGCUUUGGGGUAUCAAGGGGUGGUGGGUGAGGGAGCGGCAAAAGGGUUUCCUGGAGGAAACCGUUACAAAGAGGCCUGAUUGUGCUGAUGGUGAAACGUGCACUCGGCAGAAAGAUCUAGCCCACGCAAGAGAAUUUAAUCACAUAUUCGCAUCACCUCAACCUGAUCCAAUGCCCCCUGUUCCGUUUGGCGAAGAUGCUUUCCCCAUACCCUCUGACCCGCCACAAUCCAUCAACAACCUCCCGGGAGACCCAGCUCGGGCCUCGUUUGCAACGACAAUGCCUCUUGUGCCCUCGGUCGUUGAUACAUCUUCCGAUUAUCGAUCUGCUACGUCUUCCCAGAAUAUCAAUGACAUGUUGGAUAGAGGUAUAUGA